GAAUUCGACUGGAUAUCGGCAGUCACAUGGAUUCGAAGCAUAACGAAUCUACCACUGGCCAUCAAGGGAAUUCAACGUUGGCAAGAUGCUGCCCGAUGCCUCGAAUUCGACAAUGUGCAUCCGUGGCUAUCUAAUCACGGAGGAAGGCAGCUCGACAGCGCUCCAUCAUCCCUCGAAACACUGAUUGACAUUCGUAAAUACUGUCCAACAUUGCUCAGAAGCCGCGAAGUUAUAAUGGACGGUGGAGUCACACGCGGCGCAGAUAUUGUCAAGGCAUUUUGCCUAGGCGCUAAAGGUGUAGGUCUAGGCCGGGGCUUCUUAUUUUCGAUGGUUUACGGGAAAGCUGGUGUCGGAAAGGCAAUCCGCAUCUUGAAGCAUGAGAUGGAGACGACGAUGGCAUUACUAGGAGUUUGCUCUCUCUCCGAGCUGGAUUCGUCUUUUGUGAGUCUUCCGACAUGCCUAGAGAACAUCCCAGCCCUUUUUUCUGUAAGCACACAAGCAAUGCUGAUGCAGCCAGGUCGACAUCUCCCAACUGGUGACAACUUCAAAGCUAUGAUAUAG